UUUUUAACCUUUUUGUUUACCCGAAUAUCUUUUCAACUUCUUUUUUUUUAUUUUUCUCUCAAAAUAGAAAACAGAAGGAAAUAUUAUCGAGCCCGAAUUCAAUCUUAUUAAAUUACAAUUUCAGAGUUAUAAUAAGGUGAUAAUUUAUGAACAAAUGGAAGGGCAAAAGUAAUGUAAAUGUAACAGGUAAAUCAGAAAUUACAUUGUAUCCAACAUUGUACUUUUAUACUUUUAUAUUCGAGCAUAAGAAAUGGCAGAAAAUUUGGGUAAACGCCCCUCUAAGGGAAUCUUGAAAACAUCUAGUAGUUUCGAUAACCAAGAAAAUCCAAGGGCAACAAAAGAAACAAAGUGGGAUGAAAUGAAUAUUAUAGCAACAUUACAUCCAAUGGAUAAAGAUUAUGGUCAUAUGAAAAUUGAAGAACCUAAAACUCCAUAUAACUUUGAAGGCAUCAAAAAUCAAAAUGAUUAUCUUGAUUCUUCUGCUGUAUCAUCAAAAUUAGCUCAAAAUAUAAAACCAAAAAUAUUUGAAGAAUCAAGUGAAGAUGAUGAUGAAGAGACACCAGAAGAAAGAGAAAGGAGAAAAAUAUUUGAAGCAAAAAGAAAAGGUCAUUAUCGUGAAUGGGAGGCUGUUCAACUUGCACGUAAAAAGCUUUUAGAAGAACAAGAGGAAAAUGUGGAAGUGAAAGAUGAAGCGGAUGAAGAAGGUGAAGAGACUGAAAAAGAAGAAAACCUUGUGAGAACAAAAAAUUUUCAAAAAACUGUGAAGAUGACUGAGUGCGUGCCAUUCAGUGACAAUGAAACUAAAUUGGAAUAAGUGCCACAGUAAUAUAUUUACAUUCAUAUACUGAUCCUUCCAUUAAAUUUCAUAUAUAAAUACAAAAUAUCUAU